GGUGCGUCCUGAAGCUGUACCUGGACUGCCUGCCCUCGCCGCUGCUGUCCUUCUCGGCGCUCGACGAGCUGCGCCAGCGCGGCGUGCGGACAGACGACGCCGAGGGGAAACGCAGAUUCCUUGUCUGGCUCUUCCAGAAUAAGCUGGAGGACGAGGCGGCCUGCGUGGCCCUCUACACAGCGUCCUUCCUCCGGCUCAUGUGCCAGAACGCCCAGGACCGACUUGCGGCGUCGGGCGACGGGGACGGUCGUGGCAGGUCGAGCAGCUCGGCGCCCUCGCCGGAGGACCGCGGCGCCGAGGAGGAGUACGGUCCUGGUCUUGCAGUCUGGCCGCUGGUUCCUUAUGACAGCAUUCCGAUUGUAUUCUUGGCGUGCAGUUGCGAAUGCGCCUGUGCACGCCAAGUGCUUCGCAC